GGUCGUUUUGUCUUCACGGAACUGUUAUUAUACAGUGGUGAAAUCGUACCUUCUAAAUGAGAGCGACUACAUAAAACCAGCUGAUCUUAUUGAGGAGAUUUCAGCGUGUUUCUGCUAUAAUUUCCAUAAGAUACUAAUAAGAUACUAGUGAUUUCUUAGGUAGCGUAAACAUGUCUGAAGGAGAGCUGGGCAAGAAGUGGGAUCGAUGUCUUGCGGAUAGCGCCGUCAAGCUUGUUGCUGGCGUUGGGAUUGGCGUCGUGCUCUCAGCCGUCUUCUUCAAACGUCGCACGUGGCCAGUGGCUUUCGGGUCAGGGAUGGGGCUGGGCUUGGCCUAUGCCAACUGCCAACACGACUUCAGAUCACCUACCCUGCUGCAUGGGCAUAUGGUUAAGGACCAGUAACCCAGUGAGGAUCUCCAGGAACCGCUGUGGGUCCCGUUCUGUUGUGCGUUCGUUAGCACAGUUCUCAAGCCAGUUCUUUUCAGAUGGCUGCUUCCCACCAGUUGGGCUGUGUCUACACUGUCAGUCUGAACAGGGUAGAUGGUGUUCAUUUAAUAAAAAAAAAUGAGGUGUACUGACCAGAAA